CCCAAUCAUAACCAAGUUUGUCCGAUCUUUCCCCGCUUCCAAUUCGAUCCCACAUCGGCCACCUCAGUCCCAUGGAGAAGAGGAACCAAACGCAGGUUUCUGAAUUCAUCCUCGUGGGCUUCUCCGGCCAGCCGGACCAACAACGGCUCCUCUUCGGGCUCUUCCUGGCCGUGUAUUCGGUGUCCGUGCUGGGCAACCUGCUGAUCAUCCUGGCCGUCCGGUCAGACCCUCGGCUCCACACGCCCAUGUAUUUCUUCCUCGUCCACCUGUCGUUUGUGGACAUCUGCCUCACGUCCACCACGGUCCCCCGGAUGCUGGAGAACCUGUGGGCGGGGGGGAAAUCCAUCCCGUUUGCCGGCUGCCUGGCCCAGAUGUACUUCUUCCUCUCCUUCGUGAACACGGACGGCUUCCUGCUGGCCGCCAUGGCCUACGACCGGUUCCUGGCCAUCUGCCGGCCCCUCCGCUACGCGGCUGCCAUGGGCCCGCGGCUCUGCACCCUCCUGGUGGCCGGGCCGUGGUUGGUCACCCACUCCAACGCCUUGGUGCAGACCCUCAUGAUGGCACGGUUGUCCUUCUGCGUGGGCACCGUGAUCCCCCACUUCUUCUGCGAGUUUGCCCCACUGCUGCAGCUGGCCUGCUCCGACACCCAUUUCAACGAGCGGCUGGCCCUGGCCGCGGCCGUCCUGCUGGGCUUCACGCCGGCCGGGUGCAUCCUGGCCUCGUACGCCCGCAUCGUCUCCGUGGUGCUGCGGGUCCCCUCGGCCCGCGGGAAGCGCCGGGCCUUCUCCACCUGCGGUUCCCACCUGGUGGUCGUCACGUUGUUCUACGGGACAGGGAUCGGUGUCUACCUCUGCCCCGCGGCGGCCUACCCUUCCGGGAAUGGCCCCAUGGCUUCUCUCGUCUACGCCGUGGUCACCCCCACGCUGAACCCCUUCCUGUACAGCCUGAGGAAUGGGGACAUGAAGGGAGCGCUGAGGAAAGUCAUCUGCGGGCGGUUCUCCCAUCACUGA